AUGCUGUACUCUGUGAAAUUGGUUCGCGUCGAGCCAUCCACAUGCACUAGUGACCUGAACAAGGCAAAACGCAAGAUUUUCGCGGAAAAUCUCAUUCAACAUCAACACGCCGGCGACUAUAUCGUGUACCUCGACGAGACCAACCACAACAUUUACUGCCAUCGCUCCGCCGGACGUGCAAAGGAGGGAGAUUUCAUCGUGUUUGACAACAAGCCCACCCAGUCGCAAACAGAAGAGCGCUUGUCAUGCACGAUGAUCUCGUUCUUCUCCGACUUGGCCCGCGAAGAUCAAGAACUACCUGGUCGCUCGCAAGAGAUCCCCGACAUCGAAGCUCUUGUCAUGUACAUGCACAAGCUCCGUGCAGCAGAGCGAGCAGUCACGUGCACCCACCUCAUCAACAUUCUCAAGCGCAAUCACCCACCAAGGCUUGAUGCGUACAUGGCCGUAAAGAAAGCUGGCCUGACGUAUGACUACAGUAUGCCGCCCCAUGCCAUUUGGUCUGUUCGUGGUGGUACGGCCAAGAUCUGCUUUGGCGAGAAGAUCUCGUACAGUAUGACAGCAGUGUUUGCAGUGCGCCAGUGGCGAGAAGCUUCCCAUUCAGUUCAUCAUGCGUGGCAAGAAGGGUGGCGCCAUUGA